GUCCCCUGAUCAUCUUUGUUGCUCUUCUCUGUACUCUUUCUAGAGUCUCAACAUCUUUUUUACAUCGUGGUGACCAAAACUGGAUGCAGUAUUCCAAGUGUGGCCUUACCAAUCAGGACUACCUGCCCCUAGCAGUUAAACUCCAUCCAUCUUUCAAUAAGUCUGAAGCUGAACUGUGUGCCCUCUAGAAGUAAGCAGAAAAGUUAAUUUCUAGAAUUGUUUUUCUGAAUAGGAUUUUUCUCAUCUUUACCCUCAUCAUUUCAUUACAGUAUGCCAUCUCAGAGUAGCUUACAAUAUGAAUAAUAGAAAGGAAAUAGAAAAAAUUUUAAAGAAGAAAACUUUAGAAACAAAUGUAAAGUUCAUCCAUACAAACUUGAUAGAUCCAAACGUUUAAACAGAGUGCUAUAAAAACCCAUAGUACUUUAGCUAUUUGGUUUUGUUUUGGAGAGCAAUUUGUGUUAUAUUCAAUUCAUUUUCCUCCUAAAACUGGUUCCCUUUAGAACCAGAAAGAACUCUAGCUUGUGGUCAAGUUAUCUUCCUUUUUCUAGCCACUUGUUCUCCAAACGCAUUUGUGGGGAGGUAUGGAUGAAGUAAACAAGAAACCAUGAUCAAAGUCAUUUCCUGCUCUUAUCUCUGUCACUCUGGACCAAGAGAUCAAAUGACUUUAGUACCACUUGGAUAGAGGACAUAGGUGAGCAUUAGCCUCACCCUCUUCACCUAGGAAAUUACUGCUUUUGAAUUAAAAGGAAAACUCCUGGCGAAAAAUCUAAGGGGAAAACCUGAUGAAUUUGGCCCCAAAGGUAAGGGCAAAAUACCUUUGGUGAAAUCGACAAGAAUUCUGCCACUUUCUCCUUCUAAACCAAGCAACAGAAAAAAUGUUUCAGAGCCAGUCCGCUACCAAACUCCACAUCGCCAGCAUUCUUACCUCUUCUCACCUGCACCAGCCCCCAGACCGGCAGGGCGUCCUUUACAAGAAAAAUAACCGCACCGCUUCCUACCAGCGCUGCUGGUGUGAGCUCCGAGGAAAUCUUCUUAUCUGCCGGGAACAGCCUGGGGACCGGGCUCCUUGUCAGCUCAUUGUGUUAGAAGGCUGCACGGUGGAGUUGCAGGAAUCCUCCUCUGAGCCUCAUACUUUUAAAAUCUGCUACCCUGAUGACUACCCUGAGCAGACCUAUAAGAUGGCAGCUGAGAAUCAAGAGACCAUGGAAGACUGGGUGCGCGCUCUGAGCACGGCGGGAUUUGAGUACCUCCGAGCGUUGGUUACUGAGUUAGAAGGCCAAUUUUACCGGCUGAAGAGCCAACAGUACUCAAAGGAAGAAGCAAGUUGCAAGGCAACAGACCUUCCUUUGCUGUCUCCAAAACCGGUAGAACAAAGAAGGUUCUAUCACAUGGAUUUCACUUGCCUCCAUCGGGAAUUUGGGAAGGAUGUCAAAAGGGCUAGGAAACAGUGGCAGGAGGGGAAGAGGAAGCUCAUCCCAGAAAGUGAGAGUUUGAUGCCUUUUGAAUAGGGCAGGGAUAGGCAACCUUGGCUCUUUUAUGACUCGUGGACUUCAACUCCCAGAAUUCCUGAGCCAGUGGGAGUUGAAGUCCACAGGUCAUAAAAGAGCCAAGGUUGCCUACCCCUGGACUAGGGCGAUCGGCAAUCCCCAAACAAUUGGCUGCAAUCGAUGAAUUUGGAGGCGCCUAAAGUUUCAGUCGAGUCGAUUAUCGUGAAAAAUAUAGUUCUUGCUUCAAAAUAUUGGUUCUUCUUUAAAUGCUUUUAAUAAAUAUGUCUUUGGAAAAA